AUGACCGAAGUUUUAGCUCCUUGCUCACCUUUCAAACUGGCUUUGAUUCAAAUUGGUGCUGGACCAGAUAAGUCUAAAAAUUUAGCGUAUGCAAGGUCGAAAAUAGUGGAGGCUGCCAAAAAUGGAGCGCAAGUAAUUGUCUUGCCUGAAUGUUUCAACUCACCUUAUGGCGUCAAAUACUUCCCUCAAUAUGCAGAACCUUUGAAAGGAGGAGGAUCGACAGCCAUGUUAUCUGGUGUCGCAAAAGAAACAAGCACUUACGUUAUUGGUGGAUCCAUUCCAGAAAAGGAAGAGUCAACUGGUAAAAUCUACAAUACAGUUACUGUUUUUGACCCCAAUGGUGACAUGAUUGCUACCCAUCGUAAAACUCAUCUAUUUGAUAUUGAUAUUGUUGGGAAAAUUACAUUCAAGGAAAGUGAUAGUUUGACUGCUGGCAAUUCAUUGACACACGUCAAUACAAAGUACGGUAAAUUAGGCAUUGGUAUCUGUUAUGACAUGCGUUUCCCAGAAAUGGCUAUGAUUGCUGCUCGCAAAGGUUGUUUAGCCAUGAUAUACCCUGGUGCCUUUAAUAUGACAACAGGACCCUUACAUUGGGAGCUACUUCAAAGAGCAAGAGCUGUGGAUAAUCAGAUGUUCGUAGCAGCCUGCGGUCCUGCACGAGAUACCGAUGCGGAUUAUGUUGCUUGGGGUCACUCCACCGUUGUUAAUCCUAGCGGUGAGGUUAUUGCCACAACUGAUGAAAAGGAAUCCAUUGUCUACGCCGAUAUUGAUCCAGAAUUAGCUAGAACAGUACGUAGAUACCUUCCACUUUACAACCAACGACGUUUCGAUGUUUAUGGUGACGUGGCAGAGACUAUACAAGAAGACAACCAAGGAGUGGUCAUAAGGAAAUAA